CAAUGGAACUCAUCAACAUCAUCCUCUCCAUGGCCAUAACAAUGGCCAUAACCAUCACUCUCAUCAUGCAAAACAUUGGGGACAUCAUCGAGAAGACACCCUCGUCGUCAUCCUUGUCCUCAUCCUCUUUCGAGCAUCGAUAUCCUAGUCAAGAUAACACCAUCCUCUUCCCCACCAAACGGGGCAGCCGGUUUCUCUCAGAAGUGAAGAACCCCAGAGCCGCCGAUCACUGCCACAAAGAUAACGAAGUCUGCUACGCUCAAGGCAAGAACACGACAUGCUGCAACAACAAGUGCAUGAAUUUAAAGACCGACGAAAACAACUGCGGCGCCUGCAAGAAGAAAUGCAAGUACACUGAAGCUUGCUGCCGAGGAGAAUGUGUGAAUCUCUCAUUCGAUAAGAGGCAUUGUGGCUACUGCAACAACCGCUGCCUUAAGGGGGAAUAUUGUGUUUAUGGACUGUGUGACUAUGCAUAA